GGAUGUUCAUGGAACCAACGCCGUCUAAGAUUCAGGAGACUAAGGAACUGAGACAACUAAGUCGGUGGGCCAGGGGGGAGGACUCCCUCCCUCACAUCCUUAUAAUAGGCUACACCUCGUGGAUGAUGCAACUUAUGAUGAUGAGGAGGAGUUACACCUCCGACGUGCUGGAGGUCAUGAGAGAGAUGCAUCAACAAGUCGUCCCUCUCCUACACCAGAUCGCUCAGAGGACUCGGGUGCUGGUGGUGGCUCAGGGUCGCUACAGGGAGCACAGUUUUACUGUACCAAUCUACAACAUGGCGUCAAUCUUAGGGGAUGCCACCUUCGACUGGAGCGAGAUGCUGUUCCAGUAUUAUCUCCGUCAGUAUAAAGACCACCAUCUUUCUCCUGCCACGCCCCACGUCUCCUACACCUUUCCAACACCCAUCACUGGGUCUUUACAACAACACUCCCCCGUCCCCCAGGGUCCCACGACCAACACUGCGAUACAACAAACUACCAGGACCAACAGAGACCAUUUGGACCCCAGAGAGACAGGUGGUGGAGUGUGGUGGUGGGACACUGGUGUGCCUCUCAACCUGGCGGGGAUCAGUGAGUGUGAAGAACUGUACCGUCGAGGGCUGGUGGACAGCUCCGUGUACACCAGUGAACACCUCAGGUGUACAGACGACCAUCACGUAGGAGAGGACGUGCUGUCUGACCAAAUCACCAUGCUGCUUAACCUUAUGUGUAACUCGAUCAUGCAGCCACAUACGAAUGUUUGUUGUCACUGAAGAGGUAUUUGAUCUUGGUCAUAGCCUCACGCUGCACUGCCUGCCACCGUUAAUGACUUACAUUGACCCAGAUGAAGAGUAACAAAUGUUAUCACUAUUGUAAAGAAAAUUAUUUACUUUCAUACAAGUAUAAAAAUGUAUUGUAAAAACUUAGGACGUUAAUAAUCUGUGGAAGAAACGACCUUUUUAUCAUUCCUAUAAUCAUCAUUAUUUUUAUUAUUAUUAUUCAGUGGUGUCAGGUACCCUCUACUCAUAUUUAAGCUACACUCGGCAUAAAAUAAUUGAUUCAAUUAAAAUUAUGACACUUAUGUAAAAUAAUAAUUAAGUGUGUUAACAUUAGGAUAUCGGAACGCUUUUUGUUAACAUUAUUAUAUGAGAACGUGAUAGCCUGUCAGAGGUUAACAUCAGAUUUUUGGAACACUAUUUACUGCCGAAUUAAGUAGUCAACAUUACAAUAAAUCCGUAGACUUAAAAGCAGAUUUUAGCUUGGAGAAUAACAGAGAAGCGUCCUUAUUCGUGUGUGUGUGUGUGUGUGUGUGUGUUUAAUAAUAAUAAUAAAAAUAAUAAUGAACGGAUUAUUGAAAAUGUUCU